AUGAACAACUCGUCUGGAAAGUUGAAAUUUUCGCAGGGGAAUGUAGAAAAUUUGGAAGAAGAGAUAUCUUCACUCGCGAAACAUCGUUCUACCCUAAAAGAGACAUCUCCAGAAGAAGAUUUUGCACAAGCAAAGUUAGAAGAUAUUAAGCAAAAAGCAAAUAAACUAGAACAGGAAAAUUCUCGUUUACGUGACGAUGUUCAAAAGAUUGGAGUUGCGAUUGCCAAAAAGGAAGAAGAACUGUCCAAAAUAAAAUUGAUGCUCGCUGAUAAUAAAGAAUUGCCAUGCCCGAAAUGCAAAAAUGAUACUGGGGCUUCUCGCUCAAAGCCUGGUGAUAAAGACGAGAAAAAUGAAAUUUCGGAAAUGAAUUUUGAAAAAAAUGAAUCAUUACUGACAAGUGACACGGUUGAGUCCAGUACAUCGAUGGAUAACAUAGUCUCCAGUACAGAUAUUGGGCCAAAUCCUGCGCACGUUUCUAGAAAAAGUACAUUGACGGACGAAUUUACUAAGAACAACAGCCAAUCUAGCGACUCAGAAAACGACUUGCCUUAUUCCAACGAAGAAAUUGACAAUACUGAACAAAAAGGGACGACAAGCAUUGAAUUAACCCAUACUCCCAAAGAUAACGUUGAUUUUGAAGCGGAAACUGCAUUCCUUAAUACGCCACCAUCAACCAAUUCGAAACAAAAAAGAAAAAAGCAAAAGAAAAAGGAUAAAUCUCAAACAGCGAUUUCAUUGUCUAACGGGAAGAAACGUUUUCAUGCAACAGACAAAAAUACUAAUAAUGAAUAUGUUGAGGAUUCAGCUGCUGGCAAUAAAACAGUCCUAAAGAUGAAAAACAAGGCUGUUCAAACAAUUCAUGGACAUCUUAGUCCUGCCUUUAAUAAAAAAUCUUCUCCACGAGACAUUCUAGAAUCAACAACAAUCAGCCGAGCUGAAACUGAAGAAGCUGAAAUUGAUUACGUUAAGGGCGAAAUACCAUCAUUUGCAGGAGAAAAAACAGAGUUAGAUUCUGGUUGGAAAACAAAACUGCAUAAACUUUCCGAAAAUAUUGAAGAUAUUCUUGUUGAAAGUGAUGGAGCAUCUGAAAGUAAAUCUGCAGAAAUGGAAGACGUUAAAAUGAAUUACACGUGCUUUUCUCCGAUUAAGGGGGACGCUAAUCAGGUUCACACGUAUACCAGUCUUAAUUUACUAUAA